CUCCACCGGCUCUCUUCUCUGCUUCCCCAUAUCUUCUCCGCCUGCUUCUUCCUCUAUCGUAUCUCCUGUCGUCUACCGCUCCAUCUACCCCCCCUCCUCCCCCCCGCUGAGCGACUCAGCACCAUGGACUCCAGACAACACUCACAUGCCUCCCCUCAGCAGCAGCAGCAGCAACCCCAGCAGCCCCCGCAGCAGCCCGUCGUCCAGCAUGCCGUCGCCGUACAUCCCCAUCCGAACCCGCGCCGACGCUCCUCCCUGCUCGCCGCUGCCGCUGCCGCCGCUGCCACAGACUGCCCCGCCAUGAACUACCAGACCUGCGACCUCGAGCCCGCCGCUGCUGCUGCCGCCGCCGCCGCCGCCUCUGCCGCCGCUGCCACCACCACCCCUCCGUCCACCACCGCCUCUUCCACCACCACAUCCUCCUCAUCCUCCUCCUCAGCAGCCGCGUCCACCGCCGACGACCGCACCGACAACAAGCGCUCCUACACCGUCCCCGGCUCCGUCGCCAAACGCCUCAAGCUCGACCAAGACGUCGUCGUCGCCCCUGCCUCCCAGGCCUCGGCCGCGUCCGUCGUCUCUCUUCCUACCGUCGUCCCCAUCUCGGUCUCCACUCCCGCCUCUCCCACUCCCUCACCCGCGCCCUCGCCCUCGCUCUCGCCCUCGCCCUCGCUCCGAGAAUGCCACUCGCACUCUGAGAUCUCUGUCGCUCCGGCCCAGCAGCAGCAGCAGAAGGAGCAGAAAGAGCCGCUCCCGCCGACCGCCUACCGCCGCAUGCGCUCGAAAUCUCUCCCCGACAUCUCCCUGCUCACUCUCGCGCCUUCCGCCAUCGACGACUGGGCGCCCAAGAAGCGCCGCCACCAGCACCGUCACCACCACCGCUCUCACAGACACCACCACCACAAGCACAGCAGCAGCAGCAAGCGACUCAUCGACUCCCUGCGCGCCCCCUUCCCGCCUUCCUCCUCUACCUCCUCCUCCACCUCGACCACCACCACCUCCACCGCUCCUACUCUCUCCCCUCCCGCUCUCGCAAACGUCCCGCCUGUGAACGUGCAGGGCCUGCGCGAGCUCGACCUGCAAGAGAUUUUCAAGAACCCGCAGCUGCGACACGACAUUGUCUUUGACCCGCAGCUCCAGUUCCGACCAAACCUCGACGGCGAGCGCGGGCGCCACAAAAAAGCGCUCGCGGACCAGUACUGGCUCGGUGUUGCGCACGAGUGCGAUGCGCUGGUGGCGGCGUACAGCACGCGCUCGCGCGGGUCCGAUUCGCCGGUGGUGAUUGACGCCGGGAGCAAGCUGGUCGGUAUCAUGUCCUCGCUCCGGGAUAUCCUGCUCAGCCUGCUUCCGCUGCGGGACUGCCCGCAGAUCGAGCAGGUGCUGGAUCUCGAGCUGCAGCUGCAGCAGCUGCGACACGGUGCGUUUGACUUUGUCAAGCUCGCGCAGUGGCUGGCGGGUAUCUUCAAGUCGCACUGUGCGCCGAUGCGCGACGCGUGGGUGGACCAGAUGCUAGCCUGCAUCGUCGACGGCGCGGCGACGAACGACUCGUCCAAGCUCGCCGAGGGCCUGCGUCUUGUGUUUACGAUUCUCGAGGCGAUGAAGCUCGACGUGGCCAACCACCAGAUCCGCACGCUGCGGCCGCUCUUGGUCGAGACCGCGGUCGAGUUUGAGCAGGAUUACUUUGCGCAGAGGGUUGCUUUGCGCAAGGUCGACGUGCGCCAGGCGGUUGAUUGGUACAAGCGCGUGUACGAGAGCUUUGACUCGAAGCCGUCGUACAUCGACGCCUUUGUCUCUGGUCUUGUCGGAUUCUUUUCGUCGUCGGCGGCGAGCGCGGUGAGCGGCAGCAGCAACGAGUUUCCGGUGACGUUUGCGCUCGAUGUGUCGAGACUGCGGUCGCUCAAGUCUGAUAUCGGCCAGAUCUCGUGCUUGCUGCAGUGUCUGACGCUCUACCGCCAGCUGCUGGCCUCGUGCCAACCCGGCGCGACGCCCUCGCAGCAGGACAUUGACCGGCUCAAAUCCGAGCUGCUGAUCCUCGUCGCCGACGACAUCGAGACCACGUCGCCGACUUCCUCUUCCGCCGCGACCGCCGCCGCCGCGGUCGCCAGCAACACGCGCUGGCCCGCCAACGCCGAGUCGAUCGCGCUGCAGAUUGCGCGCCGCGUGAAGGAGCGGUUUCCCAGCAAAGGCCCUUCGUUGAACGCAAUCAUCGGGAUCGCGACGCGCUGGCUGAACGCGAACCUCGCGAGCGGACCGGACGAGAAGAGUUACUCGACCGUGUACAAGCUUGUUGAGAAGCGUGUUCUGGAAGACGUCGAGAAGCGGGUGCGCGCGUGCUUCAUGGGCGCUGCGGCAAUUAAGACUUGCUCUACUGCUUCGACUGAGGAGGAUAAAGACAAGGCAAAAUCGCAGGCAGCCAAGGACGUUGCGCCUGAACUCACUAUCCUCGCAGGCCGCAUCUGUUUGCUCGGCGAUUUCCACUGGAGCGUGUUUGCGGGCUACUACAUCAGCGGCGUGAGCCACGAGUGAACGAAAAGUUUGACAGUUUACAGUGUAUGUACAUGAAGAUGACGAAAACAAAAAAAGUUCUUCGUUUUGCCCGCUUGUCUCUUUUUUUUCUCUUUUUUUGUUUUUUACAAUUUACUUUUUAUAUAUCUGUUUAUAUAUCUGGAACGGCGGCAGCGGUGUUUGGCUUUACUCUACUGUUUUUUUUUAUAUUUCUGCAUUAAACAGGAACUCGGGAUCACGGAGCGCUGGUAUUAUAUCUCUAUUUACUAUACGAUCAUUUUUCUGUACAUUUCUUCUUUCUCUAUUUUCUUUAUAUAUAUAUAUAUAGUUAGUUCUUUUUGUGUGUUCUGGAUACAACCGGUGUUUUAGUUCUCGUUUUUGUUUUUGCUUGUUUUUUGUUUAUGUUUUUUGUUUAAAGGACAAAAUUGUAUUAUACAGGGAAUUAAUCGAUAUCAUCUACCAUACUCUCUUUCUCUUUAGUUUCUCGUGUUUGUGG